GCUUCGAUUACUGCGGCUUCGGCCUCUUCUCCUUCACGCAGCGAUUCACCGCCGGGCGCCAGAGAUCCAGCUUCUUGCUCGUCUCCGCGGGCUCCUCGGGCAGCCUCGCGGCGCAGGCCGCCUUCGCCACCACCGAGCCCAACACGCUCCAGUCGGAGCUCCGAUCCAGGGUCCUCGACUACCUCAACGUGGGUGACGGCUCGUACAGCGCGGUAUUCACCGCCAGCAAGCGCGCGGCAUUCGCCCUCGUCGCGGAUUGCUACGACUUCCGUGCCAGAUCCAAGCUCGUCACGGUCUACGACCACGAGAGCGAGUCGGUCAAGGCGUUGACUACUGCGGCGGUACGCUCAGGGGGCCGGACGUGUGCCGCGCGGUUCCGGUGGCCGACGCUGCGGCUGUGCGGCGAGCAGCUGGCGGCGGAGCUCAAGACGCGCGGUAAGGGCAGUCGGCUGCUCAAGAAGAAGACCGGUACCGCGGGCGGUACCGCGGGCGGUAGGCGGCGGGGGCUCUUUGUCUUUCCCACGCAGAGCCGGAUCACUGGGACCAAGUACUCGUACCAAUGGAUGACUAUGGCGGAGAAGCACCGCUGGGAUGUGCUGCUCGAUGUCUCCGCCAUGGGUCCUCGCGAUAUGGGAUCGUUGGGACUCUCGCUUUUCCGCCCGGAUUUCAUCAUCUGCUCGUUUUACAAGAUCUUUGGGUCGGAUCCCACCGGGUUUGGGUGCUUGCUGAUCAAGGACUCGUCCAUGGCGAGCCUGCGAUCGUCCAGCUCCAGCCCCGGGAUUGGGAUGGUGAGAGUGGUGCCGGAUCUUGGCGAUGACGAGGAGCUAGCCGAGGACCUGGAUGAGAAUGUGCUCGGAGGUCGUCCUUCUUCUUCCGCGGCUGCGGCUAGGCCGGAUCUUAUCGCGUUCUCUGGGCCUGUGCUGGAUCGGGAUUUUUCGGCGGCGUCCUCGUCGGGAUUCCCGUUUGGAUCGGCCGAGGAGGAUCUCGAAGAGGAUGUGAUCGAGAAAGAUGGUGGUCAUCGCGAUCAUCGUCUGGAGGAGGAGAGUUCCAACGGGAACAAUGGCUCUAGCGAUCUUGGCAAGAGCAACAAUGGAUUUGGAUUCGGACCAUCACGAGAGUGUUCUUCCGAGAUCCAGGAAGUCGCGAACGAUCACUAUGCCCGCUCCAGCUCCGCUAGCUCCGAGCCAUCGUGUUCUUACACCUCCCAGCAAGAACAAGGCGACGAGCUCCGGGCGCUUCCAAACGGCGACUCGAGCGAUUCGAUCUUUCGGAAGAUUGGAAGAGACGAUGGGCUCAUCGACAGCAGGCGCUCCGACUUGUUCCCCAGAUUCCUUCCCAUCCGCGAGGAAGAAGAAGACGAGGAUCAGCCUGUGCCGCGAAUGGAAGAUCAGCUCGCGAGAUCAUCCAACGUUAACAUGGACAACAACUCCUCGUCCAGGAGCCUCAACGCUUCCGGACGAUCGUGGCGGAAGAACUCGAUCAGCUCUUGGGAUGGAGAGGGCGACUACUACGACGAUGACCUCGGCAGCGACGAGCCCUGGGACGAGGACGACAUUGACGACGAUCAAAGGGAGCGGCAGCAGCAGCACCGACCCGAGCCUCUCAUCGUUUGCCAGGGAUUGGAUCACGCAAACACCAUGGGAUUGAACAAGACGAACUGCCGGAUCAAGAGCCUCAUGGACUGGCUCAUCGCUUCCAUGAGCUCGCUCUUCCACCACAUUCCCGGGAGCUCUAGUUCUUCGAGUGCUCCUUCCACUGCGACGAAAAGGUGGCGGAGGAGACCGCUGGUGCAAAUCUUUGGACCCAAGGCACAGAUCGAUCGGGGGCCGGCCGUGGCGUUCAAUCUCUACGAUCAAAAGGGUGCGCUGAUCCAGCCGACAUUGGUCCAAAAGCUGGCGGAUCGGAGCUCCAUCUCGCUCGGCUGCGGCGUGCUCUCGAAUCUCUUCCUGGAGGAGGUGUGUGUGACGAGUGGGAGUGAUAAGGAGAACAAUGGCGGAGCUUCGUCGGCCAAGGCGGCACCAAGGAAGAAGAGAUUGCUGGCGGAGAAGUGCUCGAGCGUGUUUUCGGAUCACUCAGGCGGUGGAGCACACUCCGGGAGCAUGAAGAAGCUGGCGGAUCUUCCAGUGCUCACUGCGACGCUGGGCCUCGUCUCCAACUUCGAGGACGUCCAUCGGCUGUGGACGUUUGCUGCGAAGUUCUUGGAGCCCGAGUUCCUGACGGGGGAGCUCUUGCGCUAUCAGUCGCUGAAUCAAUCGAUCGUCUCGAUCGACGAGCAAGGAGAUCAAGCAGCAGCGGAUCGAUCUUCGUGAAAAGUUUUCGGGAUCAUUCUUCCGGGAGAGCAUGACUUAAGCAAGCAAAGAAGAGGAUGGCACAGAAAGCCCAUGAAGAGGAUUAAGGAUGGAUCGAUCCUCUUCAUGUGUUUUUCUGGAUCUUCUUCUUGACUUCCUUAGCUUGCAUCGCUAUAUCAGUCAACGACCCGAGUUAGUUAACUUUUGGUCAACGUUAAUUUUGAAUUUGGUCAACAUUAA